CUUACUACUAUUCAUCAGUUCCAGGAGCACGUAUAGUUUAAGUUAAUCAUUAUCGUAUUGUCUUAAUUAAUCUGAAACAAUGUCCUCUUAACGAGUAAAGGUAAUAUUAUAUAAUAACGAAGCUUCUUCUUCCAGUUUCUCUCCAGGAAUAGUAGUAUCACAAGGGAAGAUGAAAGCAUGGACAGCAGAUGGCUGUUCAUUGGUGGAGCUGUUGUUGCAGCUACUUUUGCCUUUAUAUACCUAGGUGCUGUUUCAAAAGAUGUUGGUAAGGUAUCUUCCAAACACCUUAUCAUAGGUGUUAUAUCUGCUCGUGACCACUUUUUGCAGCGCGAUGCCAUUCGACGGACAUGGGGCUCUCAAAUUUCAAAAUUGCCAAACUCAGAAUUACUCUUUGUGGUUGGAGAUGAUGAUUGUCCAUACCAUCCUGAUGAUCGUAUGUCUCCCUAUGAUUGUGAUGAAUGGAAUAUUUUAUCCACAGAUUUUGAAGCAUCUGGCUUGAGAAGGUUUUUUAGAAGUGAUUUACAUGAGAGAAGAACUCAUGUAGAAUGUUACGUUGGCAUUGGCUUCAAGAUUUUCCAUCCUGUACUUCUCAUGAGUGUUAGUGUAUCAAUGGAAUUUUUACUAAGAGUCAGAAAUUGUACUCUUAUACUUGUGGAUGCUGAAGAAGUACUAGAAGAAGUAAAAGUGAAUCUGAGGUCUUGUAGUGAUACAUCUGAAAAGAAUGCUUUCUGUGACAUUAAGCUUGCUAGCCCAUUAUUUCUGCCAAGACAGUUUGAGGGAGAAUUGAGAGUCUUCAGUGAUGGGAUUGGUGAAUCAGACUUAUGUGGCCAAAGUUUCUUCUCCCUCCAGCAGAAAGAAAAUUGGGUUUGUGAUUGGGUGGAUACAUCUGUAAUUCAUUUCAAGUAUCUGAGAUCUGUAAGGGAUUCUUUGGUUACAUGGAGAGGAAAAUCAUGCCCUCUUCUCUCAGCUGUAUAUUCCAUUGCUGAUAGAGAUGUUCUGAAGAAACAUGUCGAAAGUAAACUUCAGCGAAGCUUUGAUUGGAAAGAACACUUGGAUUUUGUGUUGAAGAAACUUGCCAUUGAACAAGUUGUACAUAGAGACCUACUUGUUUUAUCUCACCAAGAUAUAUAUUCCACAUUACCACUGAAAGUUAUGUUGGUUUUACGGAGGUUAACACAAGACUUUGAUUUCAAGUUAAUGAUGAAGGUUGAUGAUGACACAUUUGUUAACAUUUCAAGCCUGAAGAUGCUGAUGGACACUGAAGCCGACAGUCUCCCUAAAAUGUGGUCACAUUUUCAUCACCAUAGAUCAGUUCCCUGUAUGGGAAAAAUGUCUCCAUGUAUUUCAGGAUCUUUAGCACAAGCUUUAGCCCAGGCUGGACCAUACAUGACUUCUUAUGUUGGUGAAGAUGUUAGCAUGGGUAUUUGGAUAUCAUCAGCCGUAAAUAAUGCCACUUUAAUUGAUGUGCCAUGCUGGCUUCCACGUUCAGAAUGUCAAGAAACAGUGCUGGUCUCCCAGUUAUCACCGAUUGAUAUGUUGGAAAUGUGGAAAGAAAAUUAGUAUUUUUUAGAAUCUUUGUGAAAUGUCCAAGUAAGUGGAUAUUAACUUUUUUGAGGUUUCUUGUUCAUCAGCAUCAUUAAACUAGAAAACUGAUGCAUCAACAAGGGCCCUGUUCAUGGGAAUGUUAAGGAUAUUUCAGUAACCAUGACCUGACCAAGAUAACCUUUCACCAGGAUGAAAAUUUAAAGAAUAAGAAUACUACAAAGCUUAUCAGAGAAAAAACUUUACCAAUUUAAUAGUAAAGACCAAAUAACAAAAUCAACAUUUUAAAAUUCUUAGGACUAAUGGAGAGGAUCAUUUCUGAUAACACGGAUCAGAUCUUAUCUAGUAAAUUACAGUUCCUUAAACGGUACGUACAUGAUUAGAUCGAUUGAAAAGAAAUUUUGGAUAUGUAUCUGAUAUCCAAGACUGAGCAUGUGCUCUUGGUGAUAUUUGUGUUACAGUAAAUGCAACUGUUAGUGUUGUCCUUCAGUGUCUACAUUCAUAGACUGGGACAUAAGUCUGUGCAUCAAAUAGCCAUGGGUCAAAUAAGUGUGACAGAUUUGGAAGACAAGAUAAAAUCUUCUCAGUGAGGCACAUAUUUUUUCUGUAUGCUCUAUAUUGUGAUAAUAAUGUUUAAUGAUAUUCUGUCACAUUUAGGUUAGCUAAAUGUUUUUAUAUUUUUUUAGGAAAACAGACACUUAGCAGUUAUUUAGACAGAAAAUUCCAAUAGAACUCUUAAUAAAUGCUUACAAAAUAA